AUUUGUAGAAUAUCACACAAACACAAAGCAGAAUGCCAGAAUCAGUAGCCAGGCACAGAUAAAGGAAGAGAAGAAGAAGUUUAUCUAUGUACAAAACAAACAGUUGAACCACAGAUUACUAGUCUUUGGUUGAACACAUGGCCAAGCUGUCGGAUUAAUAAGACUAAUAAAAGAAGAGAGAGAGAGAGAAACAAACAGUUCUCGAUUUGAACUUGUACAUAUUUAUUUUCACAAUUAAAAAAGUGUUGAAGUCAAAAGUGGAAACAUACUCAAAAAUUUUCCUAGAUGAAAAUAAUCAAUCAUCACAGAGUAAAGAUGGAAAUGGGAGAAGAUGAUGAUAGCUAUGAAAAAGGCAACUCAUUUGACUUGGAUUUUCAGUACACGACUGAUGGGGGGCAUAUUGAGGAUAAAAAGACUGAAAUCAUAGAUAUUGUUCAGCAUUACACCGAUGAGAAUGGAAUAAGAUCGUCUUUUAAAUAUGAAACAGGGGAAGUUGCUUUCAACCAGAAAAGCAAUCUCGAAGGGCAUAUAGAUGCUGUUCUCUAUUCGAAUAAAAGAGAACAUAAAUGUAACUUAUGUGAUUAUGCAGCCAAGCAGAAAGUUCAUCUCAAAAAGCAUAUAGAUACCGUCCAUUUGAACAUAAAAGAAUUUAAAUGUCACUUAUGUGAGUAUGCUGCAAGCCAGAAAAAAUCCCUUCAAGAUCAUAUAGAUACUAUCCAUUUAAAUAAAAGAGAACAUAAAUGUAACUUAUGUGAUUAUGCAUCCAACCAUAAAAGUGCUGUCAAAAUUCACAUGAAUUCUGUCCAUUUGAAUAAAAAAGAACAUAAAUGUCACUUAUGUGAGUUUGCAGCCAAUAGGAAAAAUAACCUCAAAAAGCAUAUAGAUUCUGUCCAUUUGAACAUAAAAGAAUUUGAAUGUCACUUAUGUGAUUAUGAAUCCACCCAUAAAAGUGCUGUCAAAAUUCACAUGAAUUCUGUCCAUUUGAAUAAAAAAGAACAUAAAUGUCACUUAUGUGAUUAUGCAGCCAAGCAGAAAGUUCAUCUCGAAAAGCAUAUAGAUACUGUCCAUUUGAACAUAAAAGAAUUUAAAUGUCACUUAUGUGAGUAUGCUGCAAGCCAGAAAAAAUCCCUUCAAGAUCAUAUAGAUACUAUCCAUUUGAAUAAAAGAGAACAUAAAUGUAACUUAUGUGAUUAUGCAUCCAACCAUAAAAGUGCUGUCAAAAUUCACAUGAAUUCUGUCCAUUUGAAUAAAAAAGAACAUAAAUGUCACUUAUGUGAUCAUGCAGCCAAUAGGAAAAAUAACCUCAAAAAGCAUAUAGAUUCUGUCCAUUUGAACAUAAAAGAAUUUGAAUGUCACUUAUGUGAUUAUGCAUCCACCCAAAAAGUUCACAUAAAAAAGCAUAUAGAUAGGGUACAUUCAAAUGAAAGAGAACAUGAAUGUAACUUCUGUGAUUUUGCCGCCAAGAAUAAAGCUCAUCUCAAAAUUCAUAUGGAUUCUGUCCAUUUGAAUAAGAAAGAACAUAAAUGUCACUUAUGUGAUUAUGCAUCCUACCAAAAAGUUCACUUAAAAAAGCAUAUAGAUACUGUACAUUCAAAUAAAAGAGAACAUAAAUGUAACUUAUGUGAUCAUGCAGCCAAGCAAAAAUUUCAACUCAGAAUUCAUAUGGAUGCUGUCCAUUUAAAUAAAAGAGAACAUAAAUGUAACUUAUGUGAUUAUGCAGUCAACCAUAAAAGUUCUCUCAAAAUUCAUAUGGAUGCUGUCCAUUUAAAUAAAAGAGAACAUAAAUGUAACUUAUGUGAUUAUGCAGUCAACCAUAAAAGCAUAUAG